CGUCACAAAUAAUAUAUAUGUAGCUAAAUGAGUCAAGCUUCAACAUGAUGUUGUCUACCAUGCUGUUUCCAUUCAUAUUGGUGGUCAUUCAGCAAAGUUUUGCUCGUCCACCUGAUCAACUUCAAGAUGAACAUUUAAAUCAGUCUCCGAUUGGUCUAUUCACUAUCCAAGGGGACAAUCAAGCAGCUGAUCAUACAACUGUGAAGGAUUACAAUCCAAUGGUCACAUCUGAAGCUCACACAGACAAGUUUCAACCUGGCUUGCAUGAGGGACAAGAAACAUCAUCCAAGAAAGAUCAGAUCAAGGGUGAUGCAAGCCCUACAACAGAAGUUCCCAAAUAUACAAGGGUGGGACAUGAGACCGCAACAGUGGUUUCAGCUUAUACUUACACAGAAAGGUCCAAACCUAGUGCAAAACCCAAACCUAAACCUCCGACAGAUCAAGGUAAACCAACUGCGUCCAAACCAAACCCAGGCAAGCCUGGAGGAACAUCUAAACCUCCAGGGCUAACACCUCAACUUGGGGAUUUAUCAUCUAGUUUGAUUGCUUCUGGAACUUCAGGGAGCCACAAACCAAACAAACCUCUUAAACCAGGAUCAUUUGGCUCCCUGUUUGGCUCGUACGGAACUUCUGGAAUUCCUGGAUUCAUGUUUGGAUCCCAUUCCUUUCAAACUCCUGGUGGUUUUGACAAUUUUGGAGGAGUGUUACAUCCUGGAACCUCCUUUGGUUUUCCACCUUGGGCGUUAGGCUUUAUGAGAUCCAAGGAGUCGUCUUAUAAACCCUGAAACUUCAAUACAAUUUUUUUUUCACA